CAAUCUGUCUCUUUUUGUAUAUAAGAACGAUCCCAUUGGAAUUGGCUGCCCGAGUGGAAAGAUACUUGUACAACCAUGCAAUUCACAGGAAUCUUCUGUCUUUUCGGCGCAUUCGUGUGCCUUCCAACUAUCUACGCGUCUGUCCUGCGCUUAGAUGAGAUGAUGAAAAUCAUGUCUGCAGACGUUGAACCACAAGGCGGUUCUGUUGAACCUAUCGAAGGACUAAAGACCGUUUCAGAGGUUGUUAGAGAUGCUAGAAAUUAUAUGAGAAAUACAGAUGCAAAGACUUUACUGGCUUCGCAGACAGUUCCUUUUAACUGUGGUCUAGCCCCAAGUCUUGGUAAUCUGACUAGAAAAGUAUUUCAAGAUAUGGAUCGCAAUGUACAGGUGUUGAUUGGAACUACCAAAUCCAUAAUCGAAAAGUUGAUCCGGGAAAAAGGUGCUAAUAAGCUAGAGUUUGGAGAUUAUUUGAACGCCAUGAAACAAAAUAAGUUUAUCCAGAUACCUAGCAAUGGUGUUAUCAGAAGAAAGAAAUCAUUGUCGUCUUCGUAUAGUGGGAUUUCUGAUGGGCGAACAUUGACGAGUACGGCGAAGAGAAUUGAAUCAUGGUUUAAAGGAGACUUACUCAAUGACCAAGAUGUUUUUGAAGCAGCUGAAAUCAACUUAGAGGAUUUUAAAAGGCUUGUUAGUACUACUGGUGCAGCCAUCCGGAGUUUUGAAACCUUUUUUUAUGUCAACCAAUAUUUAACUCGUGAAGUAGUAAACGUUGGGAUUUUGAGAUAUCCUGAACCAAAAAAACCCUAUUUUCAGAUGUAUCGUAUCAAGCUGUCUGCGUACAAACACACUGAACGUAUACUGUUUAUCGAAAACACAAGCAGUGGCAUUUCUGGAAAUUUUGAAAUGUAUAAAUUCGUUCCAAGUAAAGGCGUCAUAGAGGCACUUGAUCCCAAUUAUUUCAAUAGGUUUAUUGCUUCUGCAAUUGGCUCCCUUGGAGAGUUGUAAUAAGUCUAUUUAUAAAGGGCAGCGUGCUGGCAAGGGCGAAAUGCUUAACGGUAUUUCGUCUGCCUUUACGUUCUGAGUUCAAAUUUUGCCGAGGUCGACUUUGUCUUUCAUCCUUUCGGCGUCAAUUAAAUAAGUACCAGUUAUGCACUGGGGUCGAUGUAAUAGAUUUAAUCCCUUAGCCUAUCCUUGAUUGUCCGUCCCCUCUAUGUUUAGCCCCCUGUGGGCAAUAAAUAAAUAAAUAAAUUUAUCUAUAACCGGUUA